AAAAGUUUAUUUGGAUUAUGAAAUGAGGCAGCAUCAUUCUUGCCAAUACAGUAUGUUCCAUUGUUAAAAACGCCCAACUACCUAAUCCCCUGUCCCCACCCCCCUCCUCCUCAGCUCAUUCAUCUCACUCACCAGUUUGGUGAAUACCCACAAUUCUUCUACCUUAAGCUAAUUUCCUACUCUUAGAUCUUUGUUUUUUGUAAUCAAUUAUAUACCCACCAACUGUUUGUAUAAUUGUUUUGUGUAAGAGAGAGAGAGAUAGUUGUCGUUUGUUUGGAUUGUUAGGAAAACAGAGUAAUAUGGCGAGGAAGAAGAUCAGAGAGUAUGAUUCAAAGAGGCUUCUAAAGGAGCAUUUGAAACGCCUUGCUGGAAUCGAUCUUCAGAUCUGCUCUGCUCAAGUGACAGAAUCUACAGAUUUUACCGAGUUAACAAACAAAGAACCAUGGCUUUCGUCGACAAAGCUGGUUGUAAAACCAGACAUGCUGUUUGGUAAGCGUGGAAAGAGUGGCUUGGUAGCUUUGAAUCUGGAUCUAGCAGGAGUUGCUGAGUUUGUAAAAACACGACUUGGUGUGGAGGUUGAAAUGGGUGGCUGCAAGGCACCUAUAACAACAUUUAUUGUUGAACCAUUUAUUCCCCAUGACCAAGAAUAUUACCUUUCCAUAGUCUCUGAAAGGUUGGGGUGCACAAUUAGCUUUUCAGAAUGUGGAGGCAUUGAGAUUGAAGAGAACUGGGACAAGGUCAAGACAAUAUUCCUUCCAACAGAGAAACCUAUGACCCUAGAGGCGUGUGCUCCACUGAUUGCUACUCUCCCCUUGGAGGUACGGGGAAAGAUUGGCAAUUUCCUUAUGGGUGUUUUUGAUGUGUUUCAAGAUCUCGAUUUUAGUUUCAUAGAGAUGAACCCAUUUACGCUUGUAAAUGGGGAGCCUUACCCAUUGGAUAUGAGGGGAGAGUUGGAUGACACAGCAGCCUUCAAAAAUUUUAAGAAGUGGGGAAGCAUCGAGUUUCCUCUGCCCUUUGGAAGAGUUUUGAGCCCUACCGAAAGCUUCAUUCACUCUUUGGAUGAGAAAACUAGUGCCUCUUUAAAAUUUACAGUUUUGAACCCAAAAGGUCGUAUCUGGACAAUGGUGGCUGGAGGUGGUGCAAGCGUUAUAUAUGCUGAUACUGUAGGGGAUUUAGGCUAUGCCUCUGAGCUUGGUAACUAUGCCGAGUAUAGUGGAGCUCCAAAUGAAGAGGAGGUUUUGCAAUAUGCUCGAGUAGUUCUAGAUUGUGCUACUGCUAAUCCUGAUGGCCGUAAGAGAGCUCUGAUUGUUGGAGGUGGUAUUGCUAACUUCACUGAUGUAGCUGCUACUUUCAAUGGGAUUAUUCGGGCUCUCAGGGAGAAGGAAGCCAAGCUAAAAGCGGCUAGAAUGCAUAUCUAUGUACGAAGAGGUGGUCCAAAUUAUCAGACUGGUCUAGCAAAAAUGCGCGCCCUAGGAGAGGAACUUGGAGUUCCCCUUGAGGUUUAUGGACCAGAGGCAACAAUGACUGGAAUUUGCAAAGGGGCAAUUGAUUGCAUUAUGUCUGAAGCGUAAGUGCCAAAUCAGAAGACUUGUGUUGCAUUCUUGCAAUUAAGAAGAAACUUUGUUGGAUAUUUAAUUUGCCUUUUGAUAUUGUUUUGUUACAAUUGGGACCUUUAAGAAUAAUU